AACGAAUCUGGCAACCUACAUCCCAUCUGUCACCUCUGUCAUUGGGCUGAACGGUCGUAUUAUUUCAUGUCAGUAACAUUGUUCCACUCAGGAUCACCAGAAAAGCUGACACUUAACACUAGAAGACAUGGGUUCGGGAGAGAGUAGGACCAGGAAAGUGUCCUUCGGUGUCGAUGACGAGGACAGAGUCAGGAUUCUUCGUGGAGUCAAGUUGUCAGAAGAUGUACUCCAGAGGAUGAGAGGAGUAGCCAACAUUGCUCCAGAACGCACUUCAUCAACCUCAGUCCCUCAGAAAGACACAGGUGCCUCUGGCAGUGCCAGCUCAAGCUCUCGACCCCAGCAGAGCCCACAGCACCGGGCCCCACCCAGCAGCCAGUCCAACAACAGCAAACCAGCCUCCUACGCUAAGGACGAACAGAGAAGGUAUGAACGCCAGCAGAAAAUCUUGAAGGAGGAAUUGGCCAAGGUGGCACAGAGAGAGAGCGAGGCAGCGAGGGAGGAGAUGACGAGAGAAAGACUCCACAUGCGCCAGGAAGCCGAGAAGGCCAAACAACUGUCUGCAGAUGAGAUAAAUGCGAUGGCUCAGCAGCUACAGAAGAAAGAUUCACAGUUGAAAGCGUUGGAUGCCUUCUACAAGGAGCAGCUGGCACAGCUGGAGAAAAGGAACUUGGAAAGAUACGAACAGAGCAAGGAGCAAUUUCACCAAGCUGCCUCCAAGAUGGAAGAAAGCGUGAGGUCUCACAACACAGACCCGGUGUGUCCUGGCCUGCAGGCUCAGAUUCUAUCCUGUUACAGGGAGAACAGAAACCAGACUCUAAGGUGUUCAGACCUGGCCAAAGAAUACUUGCAGUGCAUUGAUGCUGCAAAGAAGCUCACAGUGCCAAAGAAAAACUGAUCAAGCGUCACCGGACCACAAGGGUAGAAUGCGUAUUGUAGCCAUGAGGGUCUGCUGACCAAAAGUUUUAUUUUCCACGUCUUUGUACAUUCAUGAAAUAAUAAGGAUGAUUUUUUUUUUUCCUGCAGUUGAAACUCACUUUUUUGAGCCGUUCCACACCCUGCAGUAGGAUGUUUCUGGUGUUGUCUAACCAGAUAAAAGUUUAAGACUGAUUGUGGGGCAAAUUUUGGCCAAGUACCUUCAAAAGGUCUGCAUAGAUGAUGCGGUAGCGUUAGACAACCGAGAGAUUUUGGCUGUUCAGCUGAGACUGUGAUGAUUUACUUUAAGCAUGGUUGAUUCUUACAAGCUGAAUUUGUCAAAGUGUUGACUAAAAACAGAAUGAAGGCAGCUGGUAGCCUGGGAGGGGUGUAGUGCAAAGCUGGGGCCCACAUGUUCCACAAGUCCGAAGCUUCCUGUUGAAAAGACGAUGCAAGUGAGGGGUGUUUUAGUUUUUUUUUUUCCUUUGUUGUUUUAUGUUACAUCUAUAACUUUGGCUGCCACAGAUUCACACAAACUCAGAUACAAACAUGCCUGUGCUUUGUGAACCCUGCGAUUUCACACUGCCGCAGUACGUUUUCGCUGAGUGACCUUGAGUGUGAGUGUGUUGGCUCCAUUGAAGAGUUUGUAGUCAUGGUUUCUGACUCACUGGAAAACAGCCAGGCACAGAGUGACAGAGGUUAGGGCAGUCAUUACUGUCAGCGUAGGCACACACGCACGCAGGUCAUAAGAACUCAUAUGAACAUUUAAGCCCACUUCCCUCACAAAGCAGCAAGGCAAAUUUACCUUGAAGCUGAAAUCCCUUUUUUUUCUAUUUCCUACCUAGUCAAAUAUUUCUUUAUGAAUUCUUUUAUUUCUUAAGUAAUAACUUUCUUUAACAGGACACACUGUUUCCCUACUUGUUGAGGUGCCCAGAAUGAAAGGGGUUUGUUUUAUGGUUACUUACAUUACACAUGCUUACAUCAGCGCAGUCGAGGACGCUUUUGUCAGUUGGUUUAUUUGAUUGUUCGUCAGUUUAUUUUCGCUGUAGCCUCUUUUUUUUAAUCUAUCUUUAAUGAAUCUUCCUUCAUCUGUCAAUUUUGCUUUUCUGCCUCUGCUUUUUUGUAAACCAGCAUCUUUUAUCUGAAUUCUAUGUCUGUCUGCAACUUUGUAUUUUUUCCCUCUGUGUCUGUGUCCACCCCUCUCUCUUUGUCUCUCUGGUAUUAUUCUGUCUUGUCCUAUCUGUUUGUCUCUUUCUAAACCUUUCUCUUCUUUUUCCUGACUGCUUCCUUCAUUUCUCUCUUGCUGCUCUACAGUGGACUUAUUGAUUUCAUUUUCAUACUGUUGGCAGUUUUGCCCUUAGUCAUAAACCAUCAGGGUUGCCUCCUUUCAAGCCAGCAUUGAUCACUGUACAGCCUAUCACAACCAAUCACCCUUGAGCAUCAUUAUCUGCUCUUCUUCUUUCUCUUUUGUUGUUUGUCUGUCUUGUAUUGCAUGUUCUGUGGCUUAUAUUUUUUAAUCUAGCAAUCACCUCGCUAAAAACACAACCCUGUACAUUUAUGUAUUUGGGUAGACCCCCACCCCCACACACACACACACACACACACACCACUACCACACAGAUUCCUAAGUGCUGUGAAAAAUAGUUUACUCAGAUGGAACGCUGAAGGCUUUCAAAGAAACCUAAAUCGCCAAACUUUCAAAAGAAAUUGUUUGAACAUUGCUGUUCUUGUUGCAAUUAAAUUGAACUUUUGCUGGCCAUACACGUGCCUGUGUUUGUGAGCCAUCUUUGACAGUCAGUGUGUGUCUGCCACUCUUAGCCACAGUGUUACACAUUUUAUAUUCUCUCUGAGAGACGUUUAAGACUUGCUGGGUCUCUAUCUGCCGCCUCUUUUUCUGUCCUCAUCCUUUCUCUCCCUCUCCCAAAUUUCCUUUUCUCUGCCUUUUGUUGCACUGCAGUGUUCGAUCGAACACCACAUCAAGCCAAAUCUAGAGCCUGUGUUUCCUCUUUCAUCCGCCUCGUGGCCCCCGGUGGCCCUCAGACGCCUCAAAGCUUUGAAACGAGUUGAGAGUCGGGGAUGUGGAGACAUGGAGGGAGGGGCAGUUGAGGGUGCUCACAAUUGCCUCCUGAGGGAGGCAUUUUCACCUGCUUUUGUACCCCUCGCUCGCUGUACCCUGACCUUUCUGAACACCACCAUGCCUGUCGGCUCGCGCCACCAGACCCCCUACUCUCUCUCAGUCUUUCUGCCUAGUCUAGUGGGGGUCCCCUAUAAUAAUUCAACAGAACUCUGUAUUGUGUUCUGUUGAAAGCCGCCCCGGCUGCAUAAGCAAUUUAAACACUCAGCUGAUUUUUUUUUUUUUUUUUCAGGUUGCGUUUUUCACCAAUAUUCUGGUCAGUAUUUUAUCGCCCCCCCUGUCUUGCGCUUAGCAAGAGGUUUUGUGGAACUAAGACCACCAGCGGGGAUAAGAGAGGACAACAGCAGGGUUUUUAGGUGGGUUUUUCUCUGGCUUUUGUUGCCUCGAAUCAGCCACAACAUUAUCGGAACAGUCCACUUUGUACCAGCCUCUCUUUUGUGUCCUGUUGUCACUCAAUCCAUCUGUCUCUCCACCUCCUCUUUCUCUUUAUGAGUUGAGGCCUGCCUCUCUUUUGUGAUUGCUCUCCAAUUCACACCCUGUACUCCCAAAGAGAUUGAUUUUUUUUUUUCUUUCUUCUUCUGUGGCAUUUUUGUACAUAAAUAAAUACUGUUGUGUUAUUGUUUGCUCUCAGAGCUGUGUUGACAAGUUUACUUUCAUCUGAAACUUUGGAAUUGUGUUUUUUUUUGUACUGCAGUUAUUUACAAUUCUUUGUCUAGCAGAUGUUUCAUUUCUAAAGAACUAAAAUUAAGAUCGAUGAGCUUGUCACUUUUGGUAUUUUUUUGUCCCUUAAAAUCUUACUUUUCCAUCUGUGCUUCUAAUUAACAUAAUUAAAAGUGUUGCCCUACAAUUAGCUUGAGGAUAGUAUCAGCUGUAUCUGUUUGCUAUAUCUGUUUACACUAAUUUCCACCACUGCUGUAUGGUGUGUUUGGUGGCCAGAGGCUAAGGUUACACUUUCUCUCAGUGCUUUGAGCAGUAAGAUAACAUUCUGUCUAUCAAAACUCUCCUGUUCUCCAAGAAGAGUGAACUUCUCAGUAGUGCAACAAGAGUCUAGAGCCUUUUAAACAUUUUUUACACCAAAGUAAGCACUUUUUAAAUGUGAGUAAAGCUGCUAAAAAGUGAAAGUAGAAAGUCGCAUGGAGGCCAUUGACAAUGUCUCAGCGGUUACUUUUUCUAUCUUAUUUACUUCAGUCUCUUUUUCACACUCAGCGUUGUUUGAAUGAUGUUCGAGCGCUGCCUCAUCAGAGACGAUGGAAAACUAUUUACAUGCCAACAUCCGGAACCUGCAUCAUUCCAUCAGGCUGGAAAAAGGAGGAAAUUAGCAUGUCCACAUGACUGUUAUGUUUUCAUCACUGUUGAUUGGAGCUGGAACUGAAAAAUACCUUUGACUGCUGCUGAUUGUACCCUUUCCCACUGAAGACAAAAUCCAGAUGCUAGUGAGUGUGAGUGGGUUUUUGUCCUGUGUGAAAGGGGUAUUAGGUUUUGAAUGCUCAUAACUGUUUGUUCUGAUUUUUCUGACAGUGAAUUCACCUCUUCAGUCACCAAGCAAACAUUCAUAAUCCAAAUUCUAAUCAUGUGUCCUGCUCAUCAAAUGUGAGGAUUUGCCUUCCUAUGUGAGCAAAAAUAAUGAUGAAAAUGUUUAUUAUAUAUUAUAUAAUAUCUGUCUUUUUAAUAGCAGAAUAGCAGUGAAAGAAGCUGAUUAUCUAGCUAGCCUUAAAUGAACUUUGUUAGUGGAGGCAAUCUUUGCAGUACAUGUUCUCCUCCACACUCCCCUCCAUCUCCAUCCCUCAGCAGUGGAGUGGUCAGGCCUAUCAACCACAGAGCCUCAGCCUAUCUACCUGGGAGCCCCAAUUGCCUGCCAGUCAUCAGAUAAAAUGGAUUUCCAAUUCAGUCAAGGCUCCCAGGCUAGGUCAGGCAGAGCGUACAACAGGCACACUCUUCUACCUCUCCUGACUUUCUGUUUAUUUGUUUUUCUCUUUCUAUCUCCUACUGUGUUGGGCCCCUGCUCCUCUUCUUCUCUCUCCUCUCCCCUCACUCUUUCUCCCUGAUCUACUGGUCAGAGCUCGUUGUAAAAGCCCAGAUACCAGUCAGUGCUCUAUUUGGGAGGCAGUGUGAUGUAACCCCAGCAAGUCUUCUUAGUCAUUGACUACUUUAACUCAGAAUGUUUCUUCAUUAGAGCAACGGGUGGGAAAUCCAUUAGUUUGUUAGCGGGUGAGUUUUGAGGCGUUACCAUUUUUUAUAAUGCAGCAGGAGAGCACCAUUUUAAGAACUUGUUAAAUUACUUUUUUACUGUUAAACAGUUCUUUUACUGUAUCUGUGAGCUACAUUCAGUCAUACAGUAGGCUAUAAUAAACUGCAACAUGGUGCGUAACUUGUAGCCUUUAUGUAUCUCAUUUAGGGUCCCUGUCAGCUUCAUCUAAACAGGUGAUUGUUUCCUGGGGUCCAGUUGGUUUUGAUAACUGAUUAAUCUGUAAAGUAAAAACCGGUUUUCUGCUUCUCAAAUGUAAGGUUGUAUUACUUUUCUCUGUUUUAUAUCACAAAUUCAGUAGCUUUGGGAUUUGGAGUAAUCAAGUAAUUGAAAAAAUAAUGAACUGAUGAUUUUGAAAAUGUUUCAUGAUUGUUUUUGUUCUUUUUGUAACUGUUCUAUUUCCUAUAUUUUUGAAUAGAAGUGGGAGAAGCUGAUUAACCAGGUAGCCUGAAAUGAACUGUAUUGAUGGGGACAGUAGUUGCAGUCCGUGUUCUCCUCCAUAUUCCCCUGCAAAUACCAUCUUCUACAUCAAAUGGCAGUGAAUCUCUGCAGCACAGACAUUUUUCCUCACAGUGAACACGUGUAUGACCAACUGCUAAACUGUUCUUGUCCAAGGGCAAAGAUUUGACGGAAAGAUUUUUAGCAUUUUGUUGCUGCUCCGGAGUUUGAGUCAUAUCAUAAGAUUUCCAUAAGCAGGUUAAGAUUGCCUAUGUCACUGUCAUUUCCAUUUUCCCGAGCCCUUCAAGCACUUCUUGUCCAUGUUGACUGAAAAGCUGAUUCUCGACCUUGGACAUAACAUAGUGUCAAAUUUUGCUGCAAAUACCAGUUUUUAAUGUAGCAGUUUGCUCUGUAUGUAGUUAAAGACUGCCCGUGACAAACAUAAAACUAAGAACAACAGUCUAAGAAGAUACUUAGAGAAGGGAAGCAUAAUCAGGUUACAUGAAGUCGAAGACUUUUUUUUUUUUUUUCAUUUUAAAAGCUCAUCUGUCAUUAUUAUACUCUAAAGAAACUGUUUUCAUUUUCCAUCAUCCUGCAGCCUGCAUGAUGCAAGUGACUCAUUUAGGUCUACAGCUUUUUGUUUUGACCUGAAAAAUUGUGAUUUUAAAUGACACAAGUCUCCAAUAUCUAACCUUCAGGAUGUGUGUGUGUUUAUAUUUAUUUAUUGGAAGCAUUUAUUGCUUUAUUUAUUUAAGAACUGAAGCAUUGACUUAAGAGAAUUUAAAUAAGAAAUAUUUCCCAGGUUUGCAUUUCAGUUAUUUUACAAUGCAGUAUAUAAACAUCCACUAUACUUUGGAACGGUGGAGUAGCCUCAAUAACAGAGUGGAGCAGAUAGGAGAGGAGAACAGAAGAAUGGGUAGAGAAUGAAAGGUGAGGGAGGGAAAACAGAGGGAUGAGAUGAUAGGACAGAGGGGAGCCAUAUUGAUCACACUGCUGUGUUCAGUCUCUCUGUGGUUUUAAUGGUGUGAGUUUCACAGCUGGAGUGAACUCUGCAGUGCUUAGAACGGAUACGAUGCCCUCUCCACACACGUGCAGUACGCGCACAAACAGUACACACAAACAGUCUGUCUCUCCACCAGCUGGCUUCAGGUCAAUGCACCCCUAGCUUUUAGUCAAUGCAGCUCAUUGCAUCGUUCCACAUGGGUUAAUGGAGCAACAGGACUUGAGUGGGACCAGUAGUCAUUCUGAAACAGCCCUCCUACUGCUGUCCAGCCUCUGAACCCAAGCAGGGCUGAGCCUGAUCUGUUUCUGACUGAAACCAAAGCAAAAUUUGAGUUUUUUUUCUACCUUGGUUUUAUGAUAUAUAUAUUUUAAAAAACUGGAUAAACAAUACACGUAAUUCUUGUAUUACUCACUGGAACUUGUUGAAUUGAAAGUUUUUGUUUUAAUCAAAGAAAGCAUAACAUUUAAAUAUCUGCCCCAAUAAUUAUAGUAAUGUGAGAAUUACAAUUACAAUAUAAAUUCUUCUAACAAAAUUGUGCAUGAGUGAAGUGAGCUCUUUGUGGGUACAUAUAUACAGUGAAUCAUUCAUCAUCAUAUAAAGAUCUACAUACAUGCUAGUGUCUCUGUGAGGCCGUACUGAGGCACAGUAUUGCUUUGAGCUAAAUGCUAAUGCCAGCAUGCAAACAUGCUGAUGUUUAUCAGGUUCCUUUUAUCUUCUUUGCUGUCAUAGUUUUGUGUGGUAGCAUGCUAAAACUUAGCAAUUUCUAGUUAGCAGUAAAUUGAAAGUACAGCUGAGUCUUGUGGCAGUUUCACACAUGUGGUAGGUAUUUGAUCAUGGACCAAAGUAAAAGACAACAAGUUAUUUAAUAACCACAUUAACAUUAUUAUUGUGCAUUAUGCAUUAAGGGGGGCAGCAGUGGACUAGAGGUUGGAGAAGCGGCUUGUGAUAGGAGGGUCAUCAGUUCGAUUCCCCCACCGUACAAUCAGGAAAACUUGGGGUGUGGAGUGAUUAAUUAGAGCAAGUCACUUAACCCGUCACCUUGCUCCCCAGGUGCCUGACAGUGGCAGCCCACUGCUCCUGUGUGUGUUUCACUGCAUGUAAUUUGCUGGGUGUUGCAUGUGUGUUCAACCAAGAAUGGGUCAAAUGCAGAGGAAAAAUUCAGUGUAUGUAUGUAAAAAUAUAUAUACUGCCAAUAAAGCUGAUUCUUCUUCUUAACAUUAUGUUCUUAGGAGAACAUGAAUAUCAACCAGAUUCCACAGCCAACCUUCAAAUAGAGGAUGAACCGAGUAAUUCACAAUCAAAAAUGUUACAGGAAACCAUUGUCUCUCUUGGAAGGCUUCAGUAAUAGGGCUUCAAAGGGUUUAUCGACACUCACAUAGACACAUAGAAAGCCAAUUACCUGCUAUUAAGCAUCCCCCUUACGGUGUAUAACUAAAUAGGGUCUGUGAAGACCAUCUCACUAACAAGGUACUGUAUAUCACCAAGCUUUUAUUGAUCAUUUGAGGUUGUACUCCAAGUAUAUAGAAAUAGGUGUGCAUAGUGGCAAAGCCCCGUUCAAAGUGGCUAGUUAUGACCUUGGCUGGAUAAGCUGUGUCUCUCUCAGGAUCAUCUUUCCAGGAUUUCAACAUGUUAAUCGAUGAUAGCUAUUUCAUGGGAGAGCACACAAUCUGAGCGGCGCCCUCUCACGGUGUUUAAGACAAGGUUAUGCACUGUAGCUUGGAAUCAUGAUGUCAGACAUGUUGUGUUCUCUCGGGUACAGUGAGUAGCUAGGGGAUUGCACUUCUUUGAGCAAUCACAUGUAGCUGCUAGGUAAGAUCAGUAGACUAGAGCUGUCUUGGAGGUAAAGGCAUGGAAUAGAAUAGGCUGAACAAAGACUUAGAACAAAGAAUUUACCUGGUUAUCUGAAAUGGGUUCCAGGUAGAGCUCAUGAUAAUAAGGAGUUCUGAGUAACACCAUCAAGGCUGGACCUUAACAUUAUUUUUUACAUGUAUAACCAACUUCUGUAAAUCAGAUAAAAAAAAGUUGCUCUUGUAACUUACAUAUUUUAAAGGAUUCAUCAGUCAAAGAGGGUUACAUUAGAUAUAGGUUCUAAUGGGGAUCCCUUUAGUGCAGGUUCUGAUUAGAAACCUUGGUUGUAACCUUUAAACAGGGUUCCUUUCAGCACUAAAUAUUUUCAUUUUCAAUGGAGAAACACAAAAACUUAAAAUAGCUCUACUUUUGCCACUUGUGUUGUUAAAGGUUUUAUUGUUCUUCAAAGUAAAGUAUGAUUGCUAAUCCUGCUGGAGUGUUACUACUGGUUGAUGCUUAUCAUUUUCUGGUUUUAAUAGAUACUGUAUGCCUGCCAGUAAGUAAAAACAAAUUUUACUAGAACGAUGUCGCAAAUAUAGAAAUGGUAUUGCCAUUACAUUAAAAAAAACCAUACAAAUGCAUUUACAGUUGCAGAAAUCUGAAUGUGUGAAUCUCUUUCUUUCGGAAUAUAAGUUUUUUUGUACAUUAUUAUGAAUUGGAAAUACCCUUGACAUCAGCGCCGUCAUAACCAAAACCUCAACUUUAUCAACAAGAGACAUCAUCUGCAAUAUUUACGGUUUAACAGGUUGAACAAAUAUCAUUGUACUCAGAACAUUAUUGAGUGUCAGUGUUCCAGACUCUCCUCCCCAUCAUGAGGUAGUCUGCAGCAUAUGUGUUUGUGGGAAUAGCAACCCUCUCUUAAUAUAUUUCU